AUGGACGCUCGGUACCCUUCCACAGGGAUCGGUCCCCUCCCCGUCGAACUUCUCACCGAGGUCUUCAUGAUCCACUACGCGAUGUCGCCACUCGUUCACGCUGGAGAUCUCAAAUAUAUCCACCGCACGCCGCUACACACCUCCGACUGGAUGAACAUCCUCCUCGUCUCCAGAGGUUGGCACGACAUCGCUCAAGAAAUCUCCAGUCUCUGGUCAUCCGUCUCCGUCGGCGGGAACAUGGAUUGGCCUAGGACAUGUCUCUCCCGUGUCCGGCGAAUGAAGAAACGAGCAAUCGACUUGUACAUCCAUUGCAAAGCCGACAUGGACCCGCCGGACGAGCUCCUAGAGCUCCUGCCCGAACACGCUUCUCGACUACGGUCGCUCACGAUGCUCUACGAGUCUAACGACCCGGAGUGGAGUGACAUGCAAGUGUUCCAGUGGGUGGACUUCCAGGUCGAUCUUUUCUCAAGCGGUCUACCAUUCCAAUCAGUUUCCUUCUUCGACGUCACCGAGAGCACCUACGACGUUGGGCUCCCCUUCGUUCUCGACGACCUCCAGAUCGAACGUCUACCAGAGAUCACAGCACUUUCAGUCGACGGCUUGCCCCCUCCUAUGAACCCCGAGCUGUACGCCCGAUUGGAGACUCUGGAGCUGGGGAACAUAUAUGAUCAAGGUUCCGACGGGGAGUGGCCUUUCACGUGGCAGCACGUCUUCGACUUCAUGUUUCUAUGUACAAACCUCCGCCAGCUCAAGAUGGACGGCUUCCUCCGUGACUCGCUGUUGAACGACUUCGACAACGAUGGGAACGCGGAGGGCCCGAUCGUCACUUUUCCACGUCUCGAACACCUCUGGCUCCGCCACGAGGAUCGGCUCCACGCGGCCUUCCUCGCGCACCUCAAUCUCCCAGCCUUAGUUGAGCUCAGCGUAACCGACGACAUCGCCUGCGCCCUCAGUAACAGCGGCAUCAUGAACCCCUUCUAUUACACCCUCGCUGACAUGCUUCCACUUUCCACCUCCCUCAACCUCCACGACGCACACCCCACCCUCCGCAAGCUGGACACCAUCCUCCUCUCUUCCACCCUGGACACCCACGCCCUCCGCCUGUCACAAACGGCAGAACACGCAGAAGCGAGCCCCAUGGGUAGCAUCGCACGCCCAAGGGUAGAUAUUGUCCUCGACAAGUCCGGCUCGGACUACUCGCGCGACCGCCAAUUUUGGCUCCGGCAGUGCAAGCUCGAUCGCACCUUCAACGACCUCCUGUCCCCCUGCGUGCGCAAGGCCGGGAACAUCAUCGCCCGCCUCCCGCUGACGACGCUCGUCCUCGACCUCACCUACGCCCUCGUGCUCCACGCCGCGCCCUGGCGCGUCCUCCUCGCCGCCCUCCCGCUCCUGCGCAACCUCCGCCUGCAGGGCUUCGGCCGGGAAGCGGACGCGCCCCUCCGCGUGCUCGCGCGCGACGACGCGCUGUGCCCGCUGCUCGCGCGCGUGUCCGUCGGGGACGCCCCGUCGCUCGUCGCGGCGGACCACGCGCUCUUCCGGGCGCUCGUGCGGCUCGUUGCGCGCCGCCCGGGCAGGAUCGCGGUCGGCCUGCGGGUCGUGCACCGGGACGCGGAGGGGCUCCAGAGGCUGUGGGCGAAGUACGGGCCGGCGAUCGAGCGGUGUGCGAGGGGGGCGGUGGCGGUUGUGCGUGUUCGGGUGGAGGACCCGGUGGAUCGGGAGGAGGCGUUGCUUUGGCCGCUGUGCCCCGCGCAGAAUAGGGCGGCCUGUCAGAUGUUGGUGUUUACGGAGCCGGAGGAGAUGUUUGGUGCGGAGUUGGAUGGAUAUCUUGCGGAGGACGUGGACAUGGGGGAUGCAGAUGGUUCGGAUGAAGCGGCAACUGGGUCUGAAGAUGGGUCAGGGUCGGAGGAUGGUACUGAGGAGGACGAAGAGAUGGAGACGGGGGACGAGGACGACUAG